AUGCCACAGCAACAAGAUCUACUAGAGUCCAAUGCUGGAUUUGACUCCGAGUCUGACUCCGGGUCUGACUCAGAUGACCCAGACGAAGAACUUGUACGUGUCCGCACCGCAAUCGCACCCGCACCCGUAGAUGCAACACCUCAGGAGCUCCGUCAGGCUCUUGAGGUCACUCAGAAAUUACUACUCAACCUGCAUGGUAGAUACCAGGAGACUAUGAAGAGGAACACGCUCCUCGAGGCGGCAACAUCCAAAGGUCGCAAGCGACGCAAUCUCACCCCAAACGAUCUUGCGAUGGCAGCCAAGGAAGAUACCAUCCGGGUUCUUGGGAGGAAAUACUCUAUCACUCACUGCCUAUGGAUUAACCUCGAGAUUUUCCCGCUGCGUACUUGUCCGGACAUUGAUCUUAACAGCAAGGAGCGCUGGAUAAGCGGGGUUUUGAUGGAGGACGGUGUGAAGGCCAAACUCUUCCAGUUCAUUCCCGCAGAAGAGCGUGAAUUGAUGAAUUAUCAAAGCUUCGGCUCACAGUUCGGGAGGGGCGUCAGUAACGCUCGUUCUGAAAUGGCUUCCGAUGUCAAGGCAUGUGCUGGUGCCAUCUUCGGUCUGAACACCAAUAUAUUCAUACGGGGCUAUAAACGACACGAAGACUCCGAAUGUCGUGCGCUUUUAUUGAGUCCCCAUGGUGACUAUACAAAGUUCGCACUGGUACUGUUUCCUACACCCAAAAAGCCAGUACCAAAUGAGAUGCUCAAAUCAGCGAAGUUGGUGCAAGUGUUGAAAGUGUCACUCUUCGGGAAAUCAUCAUUGGCUGCCACAGGUGCGGCAUCUUCUAGGAUGAAGGCCAAAAUCUGGAAAUUACGGGCCACAACACCAGGUAUGAUUGCUGCUGCUGCUGUCGUUGCAAUCUUCCUACUUUCGGGCGAUGCAGAACUGACUGAGAUUGGGGAGACCACUAAGAUACCAUACCGCGAAUACCAUAACUUCUUCCGUCAAUGCCUACUGACUGGAGGCCCCUGGGCGCGCCAGGUGUUCUUAUUCUUCAAUGAUGCUCUCUUCUCGACUUCAUCCUCUGUCCCUCCUUCUACCCAUGAUGAUGGACCGGGCCACAUGUACGAAGAAGAGUUUGAGCAUGCCAUGGAACAGGAGCUUGAAGGACCGGUCUUCAACCCAGAUCAUUUGGAUCCGUCGUUGCGCAAUUCACCACUUUCCGACUCCGAAGAUGAGGCUCGUCCUCCUGCACCUCCAAAUCAUCCUCCUGCACCUCCGCAUCAUCCUCCCGCACCUCUGAACCAUCCUCCCACACCUCUGACUGUCAAUGCAACGGCGGCUCCCACUAUUGUAGCUCGACCUGUUCCAGCUCCUUCAGAGUCUAUAUCUUCUGCGAUGGGGGACCUUGACCUGGGGCAUCAAGAUGCCCGUGUUGGAGCUGAACAUUUAGGUCCUGUGGAAGCUGAUACUGCACGCCCCAAACCAAAACCAAAGCCCCGACGCAAAGCCAAGACAGCUGAUAAUCUUGUCGUGGGUGAAGGCUUUCCUGUGGAUUCUACUAGUUCAGCUGUUGGGAGCAAUAUUGCUCAGACUACACGGAGAUCUGGCCGAAAGGCCAUAUAG